AUGAGCACACAUUUAUGCGUAGCCGUGCAGCAGGCACAGCGACACAACACGCUAAGUGCCAUCCCUGGUGAAAGGGGCUGUGGAAAAGUCGCCCCCUGCGGCACCUCCCGCCUUGCCCAGGACGGCCCCUCGGGGCCGCUGCCCGCGCCCGUUGCCCGGAGACAGCGACGCGCCCGGGCCGUGCCGGGCCGGGCUGUGCCGAGCAUGGCGCAGCCCGCCGGGCCGCAGGCCCCGCACGCCUCUUUCUUCGGGCCCGUGGCGCGGGGCAACCCGGUGGUGGACAGCUUCGAGGGCGAGCUGCGGCGCGUCCUGAGCUCCCUGCGGCGGCUGCGAGGCGCGGGGGAGGCCAAGCCGCCGCCGCACGACCUGCACCGCCACGGAGCAAAUACUUUGUUUGACAUUUGGAUCAAAUACAAGCCACGACUACCAGAGUGGUAUUACAAUGAAAGACUUGUGAAAGUUGGUGAUACCCUUGCUCAGAUCAAAGAAUAUAAGCUGGCACUUCAACAGUGUUAUGAAAGAUACCUUCAGCAGUUCGUUUCUGUAAACCUUGAUGAUGUCAUGGAUGAUGUGCAGCGCUUUAAAUCUGCCUUUUUUCCAAAUGGUGUCAGAGACAAAAAUGCAGCAGUUAUGUUCCAUGUUUUGCAAGCAAGAAAUGUUUGCAUUUAUCAUGUGGUUUGCAGCAGAGACAGAAAUCUUCGGCAUGGAGAGUCCCUGCAGACUUGUCUCAAUGCCUUGACCUCAUUACGACUCACUAUGCAAGUGGCUCUACCUCAGGAGGAUUUGUGUUGGCUUAUCUACAAUGGUACUAUCCAUAUUUACACCAUAUGCAGACAUUUGAUGGUGAUGGGUCAUUCUGCUAAGGUCCUGGAAUACUUACUGUGGGCCAGUAUAUGUAUGGAAUCAUCCAUUCCACUCUUAUCUCUGCAUUAUUUGACGUGGAGAGCCACCCUAUAUACGGCAGUUUCUCAGUGUUAUUUUGAUUGUCAAGCCAGCAUUCAUGGAGAGAUAUUUGCUCGCCGUGGUUUGAUUAAGAUUGACGAACUGAAGCAAUUAGAAGAUAUCAGUUCUUCUCUGGGACAUACAGAGAGAGAAAAGAUUUUUAGAGAGGCCACUCUAAAGAUGUCAGUAAUGAUUUUCAAGAGAGCAGUGUAUGAAUCUAGAAAAAAGUCAAACAGCUUUCGACGUGAGUCAAAACUUAACCCAAGAAAAGCAGUAAAUGUGUCAUGGCCUCGCACCACUACUGAGCGGCUGCUGGUGGCAAUGUUUGAUGGUGCUGCAGCUCAGUUCCUUGCCAUCCUGGAAGCACUGCCUGAUCGUAGCAGGAAUCUAUUGCCCUCUCAUCCUCCUGUUCCUGAUGAAGUGCAAAUUCCUGAGGUCACUUCUGAGCUUUUUUCUGCAGGCCUAGAAAUCCUCUCAGGAGAAGAAAGGGUGUCUGGAGAUGCUGCUGUGAAAUUUGUAAAAUUAGCUUUCAGCUAUGAAGAGUGGAACGUGUUUUAUUCUGCUUUUGAAUUUGUUGAUCAUUUUCUUCAGGCUCAAGAUGACCCAACAUGGAAAAAAGCUGAACUAGAACUCAAACUUCUUGCACUCAUGCAACCUGUAGUACUCCCAGGAAGAUUUGAACGUAGUUUUUCUAUUAGUGAGGGUGGUAAGAUCAAAGAAGGCAGCACACGUCGGGGUUCUGAAAAGACAAAGACAAUUAGAAAGGAAUCCUUAAAGCCUGGAGACCCUUUUCGUGAUCUUAUGAUUUUGGCAAAAACAACGUUUUCCUACGUCUCCACAUUUGAGCAGAAUGUUCAUCCUGGCAAAGAAAUACUUGUUGAUGUAGUAAUGUGUUUGUGGCAGAAGUGUAAAACAGAACUUCAGCAAAUCCAAAAGAGUGGAAGUUACUGCUUAGAAUAUAUGCACAAACACCAAGCUUACCAAUGGGUUCAUAUACUCUGGAUAAUGAAUGGAAUAAUUGAGAAGAGCAACAUAGCAGACACUAACGUAAUGUUUGCAGAGAUAACUUUAUGUCUAGCUGCAAUACUGGAAAAUGUAGCUGAUUCUACAAGUGAAUCUAAAGACAAACAAGGAGGAAGUACUUCUCUUUCACAAGAUGAGACCUGUGAUACGCCUGAAAUACUGUUGAAAACACCUACAGAACAAUUACAGAUUGCUUAUGAAGUUCUUGAAAAAGCAAUUAAUGACAUGAACACAUCUCGGUUAAUGACCAUUUUACCAGAUGGAAAGUCAGUAUUUGACAGCUGCUGUACAAAGGUGGACUCAAAUGAUCAGAAUUUGAAUUCUGUUUUGGGAUGUGGUGAUGAUAAAACAGGAACAGAUAAUGGUUUUGUGGCAGAUUUACACUUGGAGCUCAUUCAGGCCCAACAUCGAGUAGCUGUGAAACUUCUUAAAAUUACACAAGGUGCUCAAGUUGUUCACAGAAGUCCUAAGUCUAGUAAAUCUCAGGAGAAGAAUAUUGAAGAUUUCCAAUAUUUAUCAGAGGAACUUAUAAUGAAAAAAGUUAAAAGGAAUAAGCUAUCCAGAGCAAUCUUUUUGAUGCAAAAGGCUGCUCAGAAGUUCCCCAAAGACUUAAGUACUACUUCCCAAAGACAGCUACUGGAGGAAGCACUAACUUUAAUUGAGCAAGUUGAAGCUGAACAAAGUGCAUUGUAUCGCAGUCUCAAAGAAGCUAUGAGCAGCAAGAAAAAAAGCAGGACUCCUCCUCCUCCUCUGUUACUUUCCAGAUCACAUUGCUCCAUGACAUUUAAACCAGCCCCAUUUGAUUCAGAUAUUCAGGUUUCAUGGUACUGUAUUUUGGGCUGUGUAGCAGGAGGAAGUAAUAUGAAAGUAAGGUUAAAUAGUAAUAAACUUCAGAAUUCAGGAGAACAGAUACUGGCGGAUGGGAAAAUUCUCUUUGAAGUCCAAGGGUUAGAUGCCAAUGAGAAAUACAUAUUUGCUGUGGCAGCAUAUUCUUCAGAUGGAAAACUUAUCGGAGAUGCCAUUGGGCAAAUGACUAAGCCAAUCCUUGCCUACCCACCACUUUCUGCUAUUACUGUUCGAGCAUAUCUAACUCAGGUAGCCUAUCAGAUGGGCAACUUCAGAUUAGCCAGAGCAGCAUUUUCACCAAUGUGGGAUUACUUUGUUUCAGAUACUUCUCCGCAGCCUCCCAAUGCAGCUGUAAUUUCUACAAGUAGUAAUUUCACUAUUUCUGCAAAAAGGUUACAUUUUGAAGCUGUAUCUCAGACUUCUCCUAUUGCCUUGCACCUCUUUUUGAGGAAUAUAUUUGCUGUUUCUGACAUUAAUGUCAUGGAAGGAGCACUCUUCUGUGAUUCCAUCUGUUCCAAUGAGAUAUUCUAUAAGGAGCAAGUAGCUAGAUUAGCAGAAUGUGAAAGAAUGACUGUGGCAAUUGAAGUUAGCAACUGGUUGAACGAUCCAAGUUAUGCACUGCAGUCUGUUGUACAAUGUUAUGGUCUCCUCGCCCCACUUAUUUACCACAAGAUUUUUUCAGUGCCAGUAGUUCAGAUUCUCAUUAAAUGCUUGGCUGUCCUCCAAGAAAUUCCAAGUUCUACUUUGCAAAGGAGACAGGAAGAAUGUUAUGAGAGUAUUCUGCAUAUGAUAGCUUGUGCUUCAUAUCAUACAGCAAAGGUACUACAUUCAUGGAAAGAGUAUGAACUUUCAGCAAGUAUCAUUAACUAUGGGAAAAAAUUGUUGAUCUCACCAGGAGUUUCACCUGGCCAGUCAGCAGACGUGAAAACUGAAGAAGCACGCACUGGCAAAGCAGUAAAAAGACGUUCCUCAAGGGCAUCCCAUUUAGCUGCAAUGGCAAAAGCAGCAGAAAAUCUAAAUUCUCUUGAAUCAAGUCUACUCAAACUGACAGAACCAGGUCCUGGAGCACAGCUUACAGGAAAGGAAUCUAUGUUGUUACUCUACCCUGUAAUUUCAUGUUGGCCAUCAGACCGUGCUUAUCGAGAAGUGCUUAAAUUCAAAGGCAACACACGUUUCCUUGAGUUCUUCGUUCAGCUUUUGCACAAAGUCAUGAAUGAAGAGAAGUUUCAGAGUGUUCUGGAGUGGGCAGAGAGUGUGGAAAAUAACUUGAAAAGGAGGAAUGAGAGCUUCCUUGGUACUGAUGGAAUUUCAGCACAAGCAAAGUCUCUCACUCUGGGAGAAAGCACAAGUGCUGCAGAAGUUCAGAAGGGAAAAAAUACCUCACCUUCAGGGAAAGCAAAGGCAUCACCUUCAAAGAAACCAACAAAACAAGCUGUGCCUCAGAAAGGACCUCUCAGAGAGUUUUUAAUGAAAAAUCCAGAUACAAUGAAAUCUUCAGAAGCACAAAACAAAGCCAUGGAUAAGUUGAAGAAAUUGGCUCAUGAAACCUUAGUGAUGCUGCUGACUAAAUACGUAAUCCGAAGUCGCUUUUGUCAAAUGUGUCUUGAAGAGAUGCCCUGGAAGUCUCAGAUGAAUAUCUAUCUGGCCCUUGCACACUACCAUCUAUUUAAAAAGAACCUGGAAAUGCAAUAUAAUAUGGGAACUAGUGGUUCACAGCAUCUGGACAGUUACAGUAUUUUGGAUCCUGAGAUAUUCUCAUUAAACAAUUCUGGCACUGUAUUGGCAAGGGAAGCUGCAGAUGAUAACACAGGAAAACCAACUCCUUCUCUCCCUGAAAAGUCAGAAGACACUGAAACCCAAACCUCCACAGGUAAAUCUUCUAAAACCAGAAAUAAACAGAGUCAAACUCCUCGAAGUCGAACAAAGACCAACAAACAGGACCAGGUUCCAUCAAAUGCCCUUUUACUGAAGCAUUUUACAAGCAUCUUCUUGCAUUUGAAAAGAGCAGUGGUUCUUGCUCACCGUGGCGGCCACUGGACAUUGCUUCAAAAUGCUUGUCGAGAUCUUUGGAGCUAUACUCAAGAAUUUCAAGUGAUUGCUAACCAGUCUCAUUCCCAUAUGGGUGCAUUUUCCAUCACCUGGGAUCUUCUUUGCAACACCAUCUGGUUGCCAUUUUAUUUUGCAUCAGACAUGAUCAUUGAUAUGAUAAUUGACCUACAAGCAAGCAGGUCUCUUAAGAUUGUGGAUCCCGAAGGAGAGUUUUGCAUUCCCAGUUGUUUAGGAGGCAUUGCGGAUGAGAAUGGUGGUUCUGCUCUUCACCCCCAGCCUCCCAUGGAUGAUGUGAAUGUGGUUGAUCUGAGAUGGAUAUGCAAUCUGGUUCUUAAAACAAUAGAAUUGUUGUAUCACAUGAAGAAGUGGGAAGCACUGGUGCACAUAGCUGUACGAUUUAACAUAUUUACACAUGAGAGGUUCACAGAACAAGUGAGUCCACUCCUGGUGUAUGCUCAGAGGCAGCUGCUGGAGAGGAUACAGCAGUUCAGUGGCUCAGACAGCCAUGAAUCUCAUUUCACAAAAUAUCUGUCUGAUGAUGCACAAAAGAUGAGAUGCAGAAACUACAUAGGGUACAAAUUACAGCUGCCUGUUGCUCCUCGUUCUGCCAGUGAAGGGGUUUUUCCUGGACGCUUUUUCAAUCCUCCAACGAAUUCUACAGCUUUAGAUCACAAUCAAGCAAAAGCCCUAGUUUCUGUGCCUCUUGAUGUGAAUGACACACUGAAAUGUUUUAAAGAAACUCUAGAAAAAUCUAAAUAUCAAAGCAGAGCACUGAGACACAGCAGGAAACUACUUUCAUUAUUUCUUGCACACACACAAGAAAAUACUGGAAGAGCAAUCAGCAGUCAUAUCUCUUCAAGCAGGAAGCUGAAAUUUAGCGUGGUAGAUGAAGUGAUAUUUCUACCGACACCGUGUGACCUUUCUCAAGAAAAAUAUAAUUUCUCCAGUAUGGUUGAGGGUAGACCAAUACCAAAGUCGCACCUUUCAGUAAUUACAUCUUCCUAUGAAAAAACAAUAGGAAUCCUUGAAAUGAGCAGCCAGAGAGACCUCAAGGUACAGGCUCUACAUGAACUUGGAAAUCUUCACUUUUAUGCUGGAAAUAAAAGAGCUGCUUUUAAAUACUGGUGUCAAUCCCUUGAUGAAACACUCAACAUUGCUGAUGCUCUUAACACCUGGCAAGAGUUAUAUUUUCCAAAAGAUGCUACAGACUGCUUUGCAGUUGGAAGAUCAACUGAUAUGAGUGAGAAAUUUCUUUCUCAGGCUGGAGCUUGGGGAUGUUUACAUGCAGCAGUCCUAGUGGCUAAGAUAGCUCAGUAUAUAACAACAUCAAAGAUAGGAUUAAGAACAAAAUACUGCUAUUUUUCUGCAAUACUUUUUAAGACCUUGUUUAGAGCUUCUCUUCCCCAUCCAACAUCUGACUGUGACUUUGCACAAUAUGAAACAAAUAUUCUUAUUCCUGGUAUUGACCUUUUCUCUGAUCGCUACAGAGCUGAUAUCUCUACUGUAGUUGCAAGUCUGAAUUUCAUAAUGCUUGAACUACAUUCUGUGAAGCAAAAUUUAAUAAUUUUACCUCUGUUUACAUUAUACCAGUAUAUUGUAUCUGAGAUUUGUAAGGACCCAGCUAAAUGUAUUGAAGGAAGAAUCCUCAAGAUUAAAGUACUUACAGAUAUAGGAUUUUUUACGGGGGCCUUUCAUGAGCUGUCUUUGCUUAUUUCGGGAGAGAGAAUUCCAUGGAAAAUACCAGCAGGGUACAGAUGUACUGAACAAGUGCAGGCCUCACAGAAAUUUGAUACCUCAAAAUCUCUCAUGACUGAUACAAAUUUGCAGGUACUGGAAGAUACAUUUAAUUGCAGUCUGUCUUUAACAGUGGCGCCACUGUGCAACCCACAAAUGAUGAAUAAAUUAACCUUAGCCAAAAUGCAUCUCAUCAUUUGUCUUUCUGCCACAAUAAAUAAUAUACCUGAAAAAGUUGAAAAAUAUUUAUAUUUUGUUGACAACGACAACUUGCCAGAGGCAAGCAAAACUACAGCAUCAAAUGUAAAAGUUGAUGCUGAUCAGGAUUCAAGACAACAGGAACAAAGAGACAGAGUGAUGCGUCUUGUUCGCUGUAAAGAUAAAUUAAAUAUGGCCAUGCUGAAGGGGAUUUUAUUGAUAGAAGCUGAAGAAACUCUAGGCCGUCUUGUACAGGACAUACAGGAAAAAUAUGGUAGGAACAUAUCUCGGUAUUCUGUGGAAGAUUUAGAGGCUCUCAUUGAGGCCAAACUUGAGCUUGCUUCUAUUUCUCAUCAAAGGCAUCAAGCACCUCUCAGUGUUGCUUUGGCUUUUUCUGCAAUUCGACUUCUCCAAGAUGCCAAAGUUUUUUGUGUGGAUGUGGCACAUUUUCAAGAGGAAAAGGAUGAAAGGGAGCAUUUGGACUCCACCACAGAAGGUGUUUCACUCCCUGCCCGUGUAACAGCACAAGGACACGUGAAUGUACAUUUGUGGCUGAGGUGUCGAGCAAUGUUGGUGACUGCACUCAUGGCACAGAUACAUGGUAUUGGUGAAAAGAAAGGAAAUGAUGUGGCUGAGCGCAGAAGUGUGAUAAAAGAAGCAAUAUUAGAGGCAGAAGCCUUUGGUGAUACUGAGACUCAGGCUGAACUGAUGGUGCAAGCUGCUAUUCUUGACCUGCAAGAAAAACGUCCUGUGGCAGGCAUUAAACUUCUUUUGCAGAAUGUCAUCGGUUUACUCCAAGAGGAUGCAUGUAUUUCCCUGCCAGCUUCUUUGACUUUUGUGAAAAGCAUGCUUCUGCUGGCAGACAUACUGCCACUGCAAUUAGUAGAGGACUCAGAACAUUGCUCUUCUCCAGUGGAACCAUUUAACUUGCUUGUUUUGGCACAUAAACUUACCAUUAAAGCAAUUUUUGAUUGUGGUGAACUCAUUGAACGGCAAGGAGAAGACAGUACAUUGACUUGCCUGGUCCUACCCUUGAAGAAUAUCUACCUGCCACAUAUUAACUUGCUAGCCCUAGUCAAAAUGAAAAUUGGAUACAAAUUAGCUGAAAAAGUAGCUUCCACAGCUGCAAGACUUCCCUUGCAAUGGCUACAUGCUCUCAGCCAUUUAGAAUCAGCAUUGAAUCUUUGCAGAGCAGCUGCAGCAAAAAAAACAGAUUUGGAAGUUGAACUUCUUUUUCAGAUGGGUAAGGUAAAACGCCAAACAAGAGAAACAGGCAGUAAGUUAACUCAAGCUGUUGAAACCCUGUUUGAAGCUAUUAAGCUCAGCCAGCAACAUGACCAAAAAUAUGAGUUAGUAAGACGGUCGUACCUUGAAAUAGCACUAUCCUAUUUCCGUUUUGCUGAAACUAAUUUGGAUGAAUCAGACACAGAGAAUUCGGUGACUUCCAAAUACAGUACCUAUUCUGAAGAUCGGGGUUCUGAGGACGCUAUGAAAUCAGAAGCAUACAAAGCACAAGCCUGGAUUGCAAUAAGAGCAGCUUCACAGGUCAGUGAAGCUAUGCUUGCUUCUCAGCUGUUAAUUGGAACGAAGAGUGUUAAAGACGAGAAUAUGAAGGAUGAAGUACAACAAAAAAUCCCAGAAUUUGCUACUAUGGAUCUUUUUUCUUCCUACAGAGAUUUCAUAUCUGAUGGAUACAAUGUUGUCUCUGAAACUCCCGAAGUAUCUUCUGCUGAAAACAAAGAAAUCACAGAAGACUAUCAGAGUGGAAGUGAAGGAACAGAAAGUCCUGUAACCAAGGCUAGCCAGAAGAAAGAUACGAUAACAUGGAUUCUCAUGAUUCGCUACCUCAAUCUUUUGAAGAGAAUGUAUAACACAAACCUAUCUGGAACUGGAUCACUUUCUGGAAGAGAUGGACACCUUGGUUUGAUUUCUGACACAGGAAUUGUUCUACGCAUAGCAAAAAUGCAUUACUUCCUUGAAAAGUAUUUGUUGGAAUAUUCAGUGUGUUGUCCUGAGAAUUUUCCAGCAGAACUACAUGAUGUAGAAAUACCACUCAGUAAUUCAAGUGAUUCUUCAGAGAUGUCUAUUGAUAUUUCUGAAACUAUAUCAUUAGUUUCACAGGCGAGACCAGCUUCUACGGUUUCUGCCAUUCCAGAAUAUGAGAAGACAGAGAGUAGGGCAACAGUUGCUCCAGAUAGGGAAAUCAACAUUCAGUGGUACAUUCCUCCUAUGGCAAAGGAAUCAAAUGACAUGAAAACUAAGGUUUUGUUGCUUUAUGCUUAUAAUACAAGUCCUAUCAGGAUUAGUGACAUCAGUUCAGUGUCUAUGUUUUCAGGCCACUUUUGGAUUCCAUUGGCUAGAAUUAUUUCUUUAAGGGAGAAAUUGUCUGAUCUGAAGGAGCAAAUUGAAUUAUCGAUGCAAGCUGCUAAGAGCUUUUCAACUGCAGGACGUACAAGUUUACCUGAGCAAAAUGAAACUUUGAAAGUAAUUCCUCCAUCUAAACCAAAGAAAAGUGAUGCAAAAGUGCAUCUCGAUGGUAAAAUAGAAGAAAUUGCUAAAAGGUGUUUAUCUGAAGUCAAAGCACUGCUUUCUGUUGAUCCAGCCCUGUCCCCUCCAUUAACUGAGAUCCCAUUUGAUGUUACUUUGCAAUCAAUAACAAGUUUGAAAGAUAUGUUUGAUCUUGCCAAUGGAUGUAUAAUACGCGAUGGAAGUCUUUUCAAUUGGAUGAUUUCUCUGCUUCGCUAAAUGCUGUUUUGCAAUAACUUCAUCAGUUACUAUCUGAAUGCUACAGACUUAGACUUAAGUUCUAGUGUUAAUAUAACAACUUCAUUAAUUACACCAGGAUUUGGCUCCUGUUAUGUUUUAUAAUUUUCACUUUUAGGUUAUUUCCAAUUAUUUAGGCAUUAGUAGUUUUUAACAUGAAAAUAUUUUUUUAGGAAUUUAAUAUUUUUAAAGUAGUUUCUUUAUAAGAGGAUUCUCUAGCUAUUCAAUAAUUUCUUAUUGUUUAGAAAAGCUGAAUAGGUUUGUAGUCUUCUAGUUCCUGAUAAUAGAUAUUCCUUUUUCCCUUGAAGUUGUAUUCUUAUCAGCAAUUUUUAAAUUGUUUUUUGCAGUUAUCAAAAGUUAGUAUUUUUUCUUAAGUUGAGAAUUUUUGGAGGGGCUAAAAUGAUCAAUGAGUUUGUUCUCUUAUUCAUCUGUUUGGAAACUAGCAUUUCAGGUUGUUGAGGGUGCAAGUGAUCACUCAGAUGUCUUCAUAAUUUCAAAGCAUUUUAAAAAAAAACAAACAAACCCCCCCAACAAAUAAACAACUCCCCCCCGCCAAAAGGCAGUACAAAGAAUAAAAUGGUACAAUAUUGAAUAUUUUUUAUAUAAUUCUAAAAAGCUAAGGGAACCUUUCUGAAUCUUGCUGUAAAUAUUAUUUUAAAGUACUCAAGAAAUACAAAUGAGUCCUAACAACAACCACCUGAGCCAAUAUGCUCAAGCAUAUUCUCCAUCUCAAUGGGCGGAGCAUCUGAAAUGCCCCAGUGACUGAGAUGGAGAAGUUGACACGA